ACGUGGACUUCAGUGAAUUUGCCGGUUUAGAAACGUAACUUACUGCUUGCAUAUUACUACUAAAAUGGGUUUAAUACGRUUAUUGACAAGUCGGUGUGGAUUUCAAAGAAUUUUAAAUCGAGUGCGUUUAGUAGAACUAAARAGAUAUGGGUCAACUACUAGCGAUGUCUCGAAGAUAAGGAAUAUUGGAAUAUCAGCACACAUUGACUCUGGUAAAACUACACUGUCCGAAAGAUUGCUAUACUAUACCGGUAGGAUAAGUCAGAUGCAUGAAGUCAGAGGUAAAGAUAAUGUUGGUGCAGUUAUGGAUUCCAUGGAGCUAGARCGUCAAAGAGGAAUUACAAUACAGUCAGCAGCUACUUAUAUCAGUUGGAAUGGAACAAACAUCAAUAUUAUUGAUACACCAGGCCAUGUAGACUUCACAGUUGAAGUAGAACGGUCWUUAAGAGUCCUUGAUGGUGCAGUGUUAGUAUUGUGUGCAGUGGGAGGAGUACAAAGUCAAACACUGACUGURAAUAGGCAGAUGAAAAGGUAUAAUGUUCCAUGUGUAGCAUUUAUAAACAAACUAGAUCGAAUGGGUGCAAAUCAUAAGAGAGUGGUAAGUCAGCUAAGAGCAAAGUUAAACCAUAAUGCAGCCUUGGUUCAGCUGCCUAUUGGUCUUGAGGGGAAGCAUGAAGGUGUUGUGGAUCUUAUAACAAUGAAGGCCUAUUACUUUGAAGGAGACAAUGGAUCGAUUGUUCGAGAAGACACCAUACCUGACAACAUGAUGGAUGAGUGUCUAGCUCAUCAACAGGAAUUGAUCGAAAUGGUUGCAGAUGUUGAUUCUGAAGUAGGAGAUAUUUUCCUAAUGGAAGAACGCCCUAGUGAAGAACAGCUCAAAGCUGGUAUCAGACGAGCUACAUUAAAAAGAGAAUUUACACCAGUCUUUGUUGGCUCAGCUCUUAAAAAUAAAGGAGUACAACCACUUCUAGAUGGCAUUGUAAAUUAUCUUCCAAAUCCAACAGAAGUUAGCAAUUAUGCUUUGUCUGCUGAAGAAGGCGAUAAGAUACUGAUGAACAGUCAAAGAGAUGGCRACAGUGAAUUUGUUGGUCUUGCCUUCAAACUUGAAGCAGGCAAAUAUGGACAAUUAACUUAUAUGAGAAUCUAUCAAGGUGCUUUGAAGAAGGGGCAGUACAUUAUUAACACAAGAACUGGAAAACGUGUAAAAGUACCAAGAAUUAUUCGUCUCCAUGCAGAUAUCAUGGAGGACAUCAAUGAAAGCCAUGCAGGAGACAUUUGUGCCUUGUUUGGCAUUAAUUGUGCAACUGGUGACACUUUCACUGUUGAAGAAGCACCACUAGUAUCCAUGGAACCCAUGUUUGUCCCUGAGCCYGUCAUAUCAUUAGCAGUGGAACCUGAAAACAAGAACAACCUUGACCAGUUUUCAAAAGCAAUUAACAGGUUCACUAAGGAAGACCCAACUUUUAAAGUUCGAUUUGAUGAUGAAAGUAAAGAGACCAUUAUAUCUGGAAUGGGAGAACUCCAUUUGGAUGUUUACAUUGAGAGGAUUAAAAUGGAGUAUAACUGUCCAGUUGUGUCUGGAAAUCCAAAGGUKGCCUUUAGAGAAACGAUCAGCAAAGAAUCAAGCUUUGAUUAUACACACAAAAAGCAAACUGGAGGAUCUGGUCAGUUUGGCCGUGUUAUUGGAAAGCUAGAGCCAAUGCCUGAAGAAUCACUCACACAAGUGGAAUUUGUAGAUGGUACUGUUGGAAUGAACAUUCCUAAGAAUUUCAUACCUGCCAUUGAAAAGGGUUUUCUAGAGGCUUGUGAACGAGGCUUUCUGACAGGACACAAACUUGUUGGAGUUCGCUUUGUGUUGGAAGAUGGCGCUGCUCAUGCAGUUGACUCAAGUGAAAUGGCAUUCAGAAUGGCAACCAUCAGUGCGAUGAGAGAAGCAUUCAACCAAGCUGCUCCAAUAAUUCUCGAACCCAUCAUGAGCUUGGAAGUUAAUGCACCUGAUGAAUUCCAGGGUGUGGUCAUAGCAGGAAUAAAUCGUAAGCAUGGUGUCAUUACCGGUACAGAUGCUGGGGAAGGAUAUUUUACUGUGUAUGCUGAAGUUCCUCUUAAAGACAUGUUUGGCUAUGCUACAGAUUUACGAUCUCAAACGCAGGGCAAAGGAGAAUUUACCAUGGAGUACUGCAAAUAUUUACCAGCAUCGCAUCAAGUACAAGCUGAACUAGUAGAAAGGUUUAACUUGGAAAGGUUAAAGAAAGCAAAGAAAUAAUAUUGUAUUUUAAUUACUGGCAUUUUGAAUAUUGAGGUUAAUCUUUUGCAAACUGUAUUUUAGUGCAUUUUAUGGUGUCUUUGGUGUUUGAUUUUACCRAUGGUCAUUUUAGAAACUUACCAACAAAAUGAACUAAUUUUGGAGUUCAACAUCUCAUUGAAACAAGAGAUAAGCAAUAGAAUUAAGUAUGGUGUAAUAAAUAUGAAAAUAUGUUCCUCAUGGUCAUGAUUAUUAGAUGCAAAUAAUCAUACAUAAUUGAAAUGUUGACUUAUUUCAAAAAAUAGUUCCUGGUAAUUAUUGUAUUGGCCUAUUUUGCCCUAAAAARUUUUAGCAUUGGACAUCUAACCAUUUUAUGAACUCUGCUCUUGAUAUGAUGAUCAACAUAAUUUAAGCAAUAAUAAAUCAAUAAAGCCAGGUUGCACAUUGAGAAUCAAAUUUAUUAUAACGCUGCAUUAUUCUCAAUAAAUUAUCUUCUGUUGUUU